AUGGGCGGUUACCUGAGCUGGCCUCGCCCUCGCCCCCGCCCCCUGUCCCCUGUUUUGCGUGGCGGGGACCUGCCGGGGAGACCCCAGCGCCUCGGGUCAGCGCAUCCUGGCCGCCGAGCUCCUCUGGCUUGCCGGGUUCACUCCGGGGCCCCAGCCCUGGACCUGUCCCGCAGGCUGUCGUACCAGGAUCCGGUGGCUUCACCCCAUCGUCGUCGGCGCCGCCGGCGGUUCGUUGUAGUCCACCGGCCGCAAUAUCCAAUCCAGCAGGCUUGGUUCUUGCUUCUGGGGGCCUUUUCCUCGGUGCCCCGGAGCGGCCGUCAGAAGCCAGGGCUCUACACGUGCAUCUCCAGCAUGUUCCGCACCUCGGUGCUCCUGAAGAUGGCAUCUGCCAAGGGCAAGCUGAAGAUACGUGUGGCUCUGAAGCAGACGGUCAUCUGCAUGUGGUCGUCACUGUCUCUCCACCUCCCAAACCUUUGUGUAAAGGAGACCCCAGAGAUGGGUCUUGAAGAGAGUGGCCCACUGAGAGCCAAGACAGAGGAGGAACUGCCGGCCCUGGCUGAGGGCAGGAAAGGGCAAGCAAAGCGAAAGGAAGGGCACCCAGUCCCCGAAAGUCAGGACGAGCAGAGACGGGGCUCGGACGGCAGUGCGCACGCGCAGUCCGCGUUUCAGCGCCUGGUGGUCAACGGGGUUCUCGCUUCCUUUGUGCCCAGGCCUGGGCCUCUGAAGAGACACUUUUGUUCCAAGAGCCCGGGAGAUGUCCCGGUUAGGAAAUCCCAGACCCACUUUCUGAGCUCAUGCAGCAAACGGAAUGCCAUCACCAGUUCGUACAGCUCCACCAGGGGUUUUCCACCGCUGCAGAGGGGCGGUCCGCGCGCUGCCGGGCUCUUGGGCCCGGCCGCCUCGCACCUCCACGCGCCCGCCGAGACAGCCGGCAAGGACCACCAUCAGCCUAGCCCUUCGUCCUCAGUGGACCCGCAAAGGAAGAUCGAGCCUGAAAAGGCUGCCGAUGCCCCCUCAGGGAAGACGCAAAGCUUGAACCGUUCACAACCAUCUGACGGCGGUUUUAGGCCCCGGAAGCGGAAGAUCCCUCUGCUGCUACCCUCGAGGCGAAACGACCCACUGAUCCUGCCCCCAGCCCCCCAGCCAGGUUAUCGAGUCACUGCUGAAGACCUUGACCGAGAGAAGAGAGCUGCGAUCCAGUGGAUCAACAAAGUCCUGGAAGGGUAAGCCCGAGGCCAUCGCAGACUCCUCUCCGCCUUCCGCCCCUCAACCCGCUGCCCCCAGCGCGCACGCGCAGCUGCAGG